AUGAAAGUAAUUCAGUUCGCAUAUAAUGAGAAGCCUGAAGACGUUCGCGUCGGGUAUAUCAUAGAAGAUACUAUAAUAGAUGUAAAUAAGGCCGACACAUCAUUGUCUACUUCAUUGCUACAAAUUCUGAAGGAUGGGGACUUUGACAAGGUGAAAAAAAUCACGCCGCUAAGCCAUCUGCCCACCGUGCCUAGAUCAGAAGUCACCCUAAAAGCACCCAUCACUGGUCAAGACAAGGUACUAUGCAUAGACAUGAACUACCUGGACCAUUACACAGAGCAGAAGAUUGAGCCUCCAGAGGUGCCGAUAGCAUUCGCCAAGUUUACCAGCUGCAUCAUAGGGCCGGAGGACGUUGUGCGUUUAAAGACUAACGUCACCACGAAAGUGGAUUGGGAAGUGGAACUGUGCCUAGUGAUAGGCAAGACCGCACAAGAUGUGAGGGCUGAAGACGCAUACAAGUACGUGCUAGGCUUCACUGUGGCUCAGGAUAUCACCGCCAGGGACUGGCAGAAGAAACUGAACGGCGGACAAUUCCUGCUUGGCAAGGCAAUGGACACCUUUUGCCCGAUUGGCCCUUGCAUAACAACUAUCGACGAAAUUGGAGACCCUGAAAACCUUGAGAUAUUCUGCAGCGUCAACGGAAUACUCAAACAGAAGAGCAACACCAAACAACUCGUGCAUAAAAUACCCGCACUCAUUGAACGCCUUUCUAGUGUAAUAACACUUCUCCCCGGCGACAUAAUACUUACAGGCACCCCCGGGGGACUAGGCAUGUAUCGCAACCCGCCUGAAUACCUCAGACCAGGUGACGUUAUACGUAGCGAGAUCGAGAAGAUCGGCGUUCUCACUACCAGAGUCCAGGAGUUUUAA